UCUCACUGACAUUCAGAGACAUCUAUAGCACUUACUGAAUUCAGAGAGGGACCCUCCAAACAAAACUUCACAGAAAACUUUUUGUUCUUCCAGAGCAUUUACUGAAGAGGAAGCAAGGAAGAAGAAGAAGAAGAGGGGAAAAACACCAAACCAAACAAACUGUGUGAGAAGUGGUGUUAGGAAAAGCAGUGCCUUUUCAAAGGGAACCACCACAACUGUUGCUGCCAGGAUGCCUUUGCUUCUGAAGAGAGGAUUUUUGUUGGUGCUUUGCUGGAUUACAGUGAGGAGUUCCCCGACCCCAGGAUCUGAGGGGCACAGUUCAGUCACCGCUUGCCCAUCCUGUGCCCUUGCCACGCUCUCAAAGGAUGUGCCCAGCUCCCAGCCUGAGAUGGUGGAAGCAGUCAAAAAGCACAUUCUCAACAUGCUGCACUUGAGGGACAGACCGAAUAUCACCCAGCCGGUCCCCAAAGCGGCACUUUUCAAUGCCAUCAAGAAACUCCAUGUGGGGAAAGUGAGAGAGGAUGGUUAUGUGGAAAUAGAGGAUGACAUUGGGAGAAGAACAGAAAUGAAUGAACUUGUGGAGCAAACUUCAGAGAUCAUCACAUUUGCAGAGUCAGGUCCUGCCAAGAAAAUGCUGCAUUUUGAGAUUUCAAAGGAAGGCAGUGAACUCUCAGUUGUGGCCCAAGCUGACGUGUGGCUCUUUCUCAAAGUUUCUAAAGCCAAUCGGAGCAGGACAAAAGUGACCAUCCGCCUAUAUCAGCAGCAGAAAUUGCCAAAGCGCAACUCGCAAGGUGUGGAGGAGGAAGCAGGUCUGAAGGGAGAGAGAGGUGAAAUUCUCAUCUCUGAAAAGGCAGUGGACACUCGUAAAAGUACCUGGCACAUUUUCCCAGUUUCUAGCAGCGUUCAACGACUCCUAGACCAAGGCAAGAAUUCCCUUGAUGUGCGGAUUGCUUGUGAUCAGUGUCAGGAAACUGGGGCCAGUCUGGUGUUGCUGGGGAAGAGGAAAAAAAAAGAAGACGAUGUGGAAGGCAAGGAAAAGGAAGGGAGCGAAAGCACCGGAGAAGAAGAGAAAGAGCAAUCCCACAGGCCUUUCCUGAUGAUGCUUGCCAGACAUUCGGAAGAUCGCCAGCACAGGCGGAGGAGGCGAGGUCUUGAGUGUGAUGGCAAAGUCAACAUAUGCUGCAAGAAGCACUUCUUUGUCAGCUUCAAAGACAUUGGCUGGAAUGACUGGAUCAUUGCCCCUCCAGGCUACCACGCCAACUACUGCGAAGGUGACUGCCCCAGCCACAUUGCGGGUACAUCCGGCUCAACCCUCUCUUUCCACUCCACAGUUAUCAACCACUACCGCAUGAGAGGCCACAGUCCAUUCUCCAACCUCAAGUCUUGCUGUGUGCCAACCAAGCUGCGGCCCAUGUCCAUGCUCUACUACGACGAUGGGCAGAAUAUCAUCAAAAAGGACAUCCAGAAUAUGAUUGUGGAGGAAUGUGGGUGCUCAUAGGUUUGUGUGCAAGUGCGUGCACAUGCACCUGUUGCACCCCUGCCCCCCAGGGGUUGGGACUGCCUUUCCGCCAAUUCCAAGAAGACAAUUUAAAACAAGAGGAGAAACCCAGUGAGUUCAGGCUUUCCGAACAGAAUCAUCCCAUUUCUUACAGGAAAGCAUCCCAUGUUCAGAUCAGAGACAAACAAAGGAAAGGAGAACAGCAGUGUUCACCAGGGCUUGGAUGACAAACAUUCAAAUGGCGUGGGCAUGGGUGGUUCCUAUCCUAUAUGCUCCAUAUUUUAUUACAUAGUAUUUUCACACUUUUCAACAACGAGGGGAGGUACGUUUCUCUCCUCUACGUUACCUAUGCAUUCAAGUCCUUACAGCAGUUCACCUAAAAUGCAGCAAUCUGGAUGCUAAGUCAAAAUGGUAUUAAAAGUCCUAGAGAAGCCAUGUGUAUGAACGCUACAUUCACUGGCACUUUUGCUCCCACUGAUUUACCAAGGACACAGUGAGUGUGCGCUUACAUGUGUGUGUGAGUGCGUGCAGAUUUCUUAUGGCAUAUGCACGCAUAAAGCACACUUGUGUAUAUAUAUAUUGGUAAAGGGGACAAUAAUGCGUAGGUGUACUCACCUUUAUCUUCUGCACUAUUUUUACAAAUAAAACAUUUUUUUAAAAAAAAUAUAAAGAAAGAAAGAAAGAAAAUACAAAGUUACAUUUCGUAAAGGUGCUUAUGACAUUAGAACUAUGCAACCAAGUUGGUUUGAAACUGUUUACCUGAGAGAUAAAGAAAGAAAGAAAAAUACCCAGACGUAAAUGGAAGUAACAUGUUUAAUUUUUGCUUCAAUGAGAGAUACUUGAAAGGAACAUGUUUGUCCAGCUACUGGAGCCAAACAUUUCUAUAUUUUGUAAAAAAAAAAGAGAGAAAAAAAGAGAUUUUUAAAAAAUUGUUUACUAUUUGCACUACAAACAAUGUUCAACCUGUCUAAUCCUUAUUUAACAAGUAUUUUUUGAGGGGGGAGGGGUUAUGGUUAGGGGUGGAAGGGAGUCGAGAGCUGCACUUAUUGUGAGCUAUACAAGAACUGCUACAGCACACAAAAAUAGUUAUUUUUAUUAUAAUAAUUAUUUUAUACCUUUAAAAUAAUAGAUGUGUACACCAAAGACACUUGUGUGAGCCUCUAAACAGUCUGUUUUUAGCUAGGUUAGGUUCAUAGGUUAGGAUCUGGCUUAAAGGUCACCAGCAAGGUUGGUUGUGUUUAGAAUGACAUAGAUGAUUUCUAGAUGAACCUGUUUGGCAACCUAAACACAAAACCGAACUCCGCAUUUGGCUAUGGAUUUCAAACACUACUAAACCACUCCUCCCCAGUCUGGUGCCCUCUAGAGGGUUUGGACUUCAAUUCCCAUCAGCUCUACCCAUCAUAACUAAUGGUCAGGAAUUCAGGGAUUUGUGGUCUAAAACAUCUGGAACCCAGCAGGUUGGGGGAAUGCUACCCUAUAUUGUCAAGGGUGUUUUGAAUUAAGGUUCUAUUUAAGGCCCAAGAAUACUUUAGUUGUCAAUCCUUCAUAUGUACAGCAGCUGUACACUGUUGGAAAACAACUUCCUGUAAAGGGGAAUCUAUAUUUGUAUAUGUAUGUAUAUAUACAGUUUAAGCACUUCAGGCUACACUUUUAAUGUUCUUAAAAACAAUGAAUGUGUGUGUGCCAAGCACAGUAUAUUAAAUGUCUUUUUUCCCAGUGGAGGAAACCUAUUUAAAAACAUACCACUCAAUAUGAAAGGAAUACGAUCUUCAGCAUAAACAUGGAAUAGUCUGGCCCAAAUCCAGCUUUGCACCCUUCUCCAACCCUGCAUCCAACGAUCACCACAGCUGUAUGUCCAGUAUCUCUCAGGUAGCUUAAAUCUAUUAUGUUGUUGUUAAUACAAGCUGUAUAGAGAAAGUGCAUGAACCCUGAUGAUUGUGCACAUUCAUUUGAAGCUGUGGAGAAUGUGCACAAAUUGACUGUGUCAAUAAGAGAUGUUACGCAUUGCCCAGUCAACAUGCAUAGUUUCCAAAAUGGAGCGCACACAGACAAUGUCAAUCUGGAACUGUGCACAUUGUCUUGUCAAUGUAUGUAUUCUUCCCGUGGGGGCUAGGCUGUUGCCCAGGCAAUGCCCAAUAUUUACAUGCAGCUAUGAAUAUUAAUUGGACAAGGUAUGACAAGUCUUUGAUCAGUCCACAUUUCCUAGUACCUAUUGCUGAUUGCCGGAACGGAGUGAGCAAUAUGUGAAAUGUCCAUGCUGUCAGCUGGUGCACAUUCUCCACGUGGACAUGAAGAAUUGCUUGCAUUUGUGCAUAUUUGCAAGUCAACUUGCAUGCACCCUAGCCUGUGAGUAUAUAAAAUGGUUAGAUUGAAAAGGAAUUCAAAAGGCAGUUAGUGCUGUAGCUUCUUGAGGCAGUGGGAGAUUGGUUUAUUUGUAACUCGUCAAUCUGGAAUCCUGAGCCUGGCAGUAUAGCUCAGAUGGACUUUUGUGUUAGUUAAGAUGUUAAGUCCCUAAUACAGCAAGUGUUUCUUUCAUAUGGGAGGCUAUAAGCAAAAUGUAUCACCUCUGAGGGCUUUAGAUAAUGCUAUGUUGGUAAGUUUGACUUAUACAGGAAAAGCUGUGCAGCAGCUGACUCCCAUGCAGUUGAUGGGAUGAGCUUAGGGGGCCUUCAGGCUAGAGAAGCAUUAAUGUUCUCCCUGCUUCUGGCAGAAGUCAAACCAAUCAAUUUUAUGGCACAGCUAGGCCCUGUCAGUAUUCAUGGGGUAGCAUGGUAGCACCUUGAGGGCAAGAAGGAUAGCAAAUCCAUUUAGUCGGUGCCUUUUGCUUUCCUUCUCCAUCUUCUUUUGGUCAGCCAGAUCUCAGACGCCGUGAUCCAAAGAGGAUCGUAUGUGUGCAGGAACUUUUUUCUGCAUAUAAAUCGUCAGGAUGCCAGUGUGGAAGUCCGCUGAGGGUGGGGGAAAGAGAGGGUCUGCCCUCCACACUUGACAUGUGGAAAUCACAGAGAGCGAUAACUGUGCAAGUUGGAAUAGUCAAGGCCAUUCCUGACAAUGUGAAUCACCUGCCAGGUGGGGAGAAUCAAGUAAACACCCUUUUACCUCCCAUACAUCUGUCAUCACGGAACAGCCAUUGUCAAAGGUGGUAAAGAGGCCGGGCAGGAGUUUUCUGUGGAUGCAACACUAAUUGUGCCACUUUAUGCACUUGUGGUUCCCUUAGUCAGGGUCAUAGUCUGCCAUGCUUCUGGGUGCAUUUGAGCGCAUGUAUGUCAAACUGAGAUAACAAAAUAAAGGGAAAAAGAAAAGAAAGUU